AUUUCAUUUAACGGAACUUAAUUGCUGACCCAAUCAAAAUCUUCUUACUAAUACUAACAUCUUCAUUACCAAAUCCAAACACAUUUUUUGUACUACCACAUUAAUUUUCCUUAACCUGUACACCACCUAAAUCUCAGACCAAUCACCUCUUCCAAAUUUGAUUGUCAUGAUCGCCCCCUAAUCUUCUGCAAAUGAAGCAAAAUCUAUGGUUUUUUUCUAGUAUACUCUUCUUUCAUUUCCAUGUAGCUUUUCUUGUUUCUGGCUCAUGCCGGAGCGACCAGCAAUCCUUGUUACUCCAGUUCCGCAGUAGCUUAACUUCUGAUCCGUCUAAGUCUACAAGAUUAUUGCAGUGGAAUUCUACUGCAGAUUGCUGUGACUGGGCCGGAGUAAGCUGCGAUAAAACCGGUCUUGGCCGUGUGAUUGGGUUAAACUUGAGCAACGAGACGAUUUCCGGUGGAAUUGAGAGUUCAGAUGCACUUUUCAGGCUUCAGUAUCUUCAGAAUCUUGAUUUAUCUUAUAACAGAUUCAAUACAGCUAUACCGGCUAGGUUUUCGAAUUUGACCGGUUUGAUUAAUCUGAAUCUGUCCAACGCUGGUUUUGUGGGUCAACUUCCUUUUGCUGUUUCAACCAUGAAAAACUUGGUAACUCUGGAUUUGACUUCUAAUCCUUUUUAUACUGGAGGUGGCUUACUGAAACUCGAGAACCCUAAUCUUGCAACGCUGGUUCAGAAUUUGACCCAGCUGAGAGAACUCUAUCUGGACGGUGUUAACAUAUCUGCACAGGGGAAUGAGUGGGGUCAAGCUUUAUGGUCUUCUCUGCCUAAUCUGCAAGUUUUGAGUUUGUCUAAUUGUCUUCUUUCAGGGCCAAUUGAUGUUUCUCUUGCAAAUCUCAGCUUUCUCUCAGUAAUUCGGUUAGAUGGUAACAAUUUGUCUGCUCCAGUGCCGGAUUUCUUAGCAAAUUUUACUAAUUUGACCGUCUUGCGUCUCAGCUCCUGCGAAUUGAAGGGAGUAUUUCCUCAAAGUAUAUUUUGGAUAUCGAGUUUAGAGAUUCUUGAGUUGGCUUUUAACAGCGAUCUUCAAGGGUAUUUGCCGGAUAGUUUUUGGAAUUCAUCUCUUCGGAGUUUGGUGAUCAGCAACACAAAUUUCUCAGGGAGACUACCGGAGUCCAUUGGUGCAUUAAGGAAUCUGUCAAAACUAGAUCUUGCACAUUGCAAUUUUAGCGGACCAAUUCCGAGUUCAAUGGAAAAUCUGACUGAACUUGUCUAUUUGGACUUGUCAACAAACAUAUUCGCCGGUCCAAUCCCAUCAUUUGGAAGCUCCAAGAAACUGGUAUAUAUGGACUUGUCGUACAAUAACUUGUCUGGUCCAAUCCCAUCAUUUGGAAGCCUUUCGAAUCUCGUAUACCUUGACUUGAGGUACAAUUCACUUGGUGGAAGCAUUCCUUCAUCUCUGUUUGAAAUCCCGUCACUGCGAAAGAUUCUGCUUUCCUUCAACCAAUUUGUAGGCCAAAUUCUAAAUUUCUCGGAUGCAUCUUCUUCGUCGUUAGAUACCCUGGAUUUGAGCAAUAACAAGCUAGAAGGGCCAAUUCCCCAUUCGAUAUUUGAACUCAGAGAACUCAGUUCCCUGUCAUUAGAAUGUAACAACUUCAAUGGGACCAUAAAGCUAGAUCAAAUCCAACAGCUCGUUAAUCUCACUACGGUUGACCUCUCAAACAAUCUAUUGACAGUGGAUGCAAAUGGUACAAAUUCUUCAUCAUCUUUCUCCCCAAGGCUGACUUCAUUAAAACUGGCUUCUUGUAAUCUUGGAAUGUUUCCGGAUCUAAGAAACCAGUCAAAACUGCUGUUUUUAGACCUUUCGGACAACAGAAUUAGUGGACCGGUGCCUGAAUGGAUCGGAGAAGUUGGCAAUGUCUCUCUCCUUACACUGAAUCUUUCAAGAAAUCUUCUGGUGAGUCUACCAGAACCUCUUUCUCUUCCUAAUACUCUUGCAAUAUUGGACCUGCACGAUAACCAGCUUCAAGGUAAUAUCCCAACUCCUCCACGGCGUGUUACUUUCGUGGAUUACUCUGACAAUAAGUUUUCUUCCUACAUUCCAAACGACAUUGGCGACUACAUCUCUUUUGCAAUCUUCUUUUCCCUUUCAAACAAUAGGGUUCGAGGAAGAAUCCCUCAAUCAUUAUGCAAUGGUACUAAUCUGCAAGUUCUUGACUUGUCCCAUAACAGCUUGGAUGGCUCAAUACCAUCUUGUUUAAUUGAGAGGAGUAAAGAUCUCCGUGUUCUAAAUUUAAGGAAGAACAAGUUCAAUGGCCGUAUUCCUGAUUAUUUUCCAGAAAAAUGUGAACUGAAAACACUUGAUCUGAGUGGAAAUUUACUAGAGGGGAAAGUUCCAAGAUCUCUUACCAAUUGCACAAUGUUAGAGAUUUUAGACCUCGGGAGCAACAAAAUCAAUGAUGUUUUCCCAUGUCUUUUGAGGAACUUAUCAAGUCUACGGGCCCUUAUUCUGCGAAACAACCAGUUUUCUGGUGAUCUCAUACAUUGUCCAAGUAUUAGUCCAAGUAUCAAUCCCACAUGGACAAAGCUUCAGAUUGUCGACAUAGCUUCAAACAAUUUUAGUGGUAGAUUACCAAAUAGUGUCUUGAGGUCAUGGAAAGCAAUGAUGGGAGAUGGAAAUGAAACACAUGAUCGCAUCAAAUUCGAUUUCCUACGAGUUUCUCAACUUUAUUAUCAAGAUUCAAUAACAGUUACCAGCAAAGGGCGAGAGAUGCAGUUUAUUAAGAUCCUAACAAUCUUCACAUCCAUUGACGUUUCGUGCAACAAAUUUGAAGGUCUAAUACCAGACGGUUUAGGUAAAUUAAAUGCACUCUAUGUUCUCAACUUAUCACACAAUGCUCUAACUGGUGACAUCCCACGAUCUUUAGGCGAUGGGUUGCAACUAGAGUCGUUAGACCUAUCAAGUAACAAUCUUACAGGAGAAAUACCUCAGCAGCUUGCAGGCCUAAAUUUCCUCUCUUUCUUGAAUCUCUCAAAUAACAAGCUAUUCGGAAUCAUUCCAACAAGUACCCAACUCCAGUCUUUCUCAGAAGACUCCUUUGAAGGAAAUAAUGGAUUAUGCGGGCCUCCACUGCAAACAAAAUGCUCAGACACACCACCUGCAAGAAAAACUGAAUUUCAAAGGAACACAGAAAAUGAGUUUGAUUGGCGGUUCAUAGUACCAGGCUUGGGAUUUGGAGCAGGAGCAGCACUUGCUGUUGCACCUUUACUAUUCUGGAAGAAAGCGAAUGAAUGUUGUGAUGACCGCAUUGAUAAAAUCCUUAUGGUUCUCCUGCCAAUGUUGGGGUUUGUGUACUACCCCAAGGGUGAUUGGAGGAUUGAACCUGACGAAACGUUUGAACUAGUAGAAGAUACAUCAAGUUAUGAUGACGAUGAUGAGGAAUCCGAAGAUGAUGAUAUAAGAGGAAGGUACUGUGUUUUCUGUACGAAACUUGAUAUCACUAGAAAACGAGCAAUUCAUGAUUUGAAAUGCAUAUGCCAUCACUCCCCACCAUUCUCAUCCUCUUCGUCUUCCUCAUUAUCAUCCUCUGCUUCUUCAUGAGGCUGCUGAUAGUUUUUUGUGUUCUUUUGUAAUUUGUAAAUCAAUAGAGAAAGAAUCUUUGUUAAACCCUUAAGCCGGGUUUAAAGAUAGCAUAGCUUGAACAUGUGCAGCUCUUGUUCUUUAGUUCUACAUAGUAGCAGCUUCUUAUGGGGUUACAAAACCUCGUUGAAACAUUUUAUCGAACAGGUUAUGGUCA